ACUCCUGCAAGCCCUUCCGGAACUCAAAGCAUGUCUCCCUUCGCUCCCGCCGAGGAGAGACCUGUUCCCAGGAUCUGCAGCCCUGUGUUUAUCAGACCCAGGGAGUCUGUGGAAAGGAAGGAUGGGAUAAGAACGAUGCGGGUUGGGAGAGUUAAAAGGGUCGCGCAAACGGUCCCCGCGGGAAUGCGAAGCGGAUUCUCGAGUUCUUGAGCCUAGAGCAAUGCUUGGGGAGCGACACCAGGGCGCAGAGCGGCAGAUCGCGGAGCGGAAGUUCAUCCCCGGAGCCGUUCUAGGAAACCCGGAGGACUCAGGUCGUCAAUGAUUCCGGGGCUGAAGUGGGCAUCGAUGGGUGCACUUUGCUGUUCCAGGGAGCCGGCUCGGCAGGCGGCGGCGACGUGGAACUUGAGCUAGGGCUAGAACCGGCGAAAAGCAAAGCCGGAAGAGGCAAGGGGGCGUCGGUGCGCUGACCACCUGUUCCUCCAGCGGAGUGCGACGUGCGCCGAUUGGCUGGAGUGCCGCCCGGGUACCGGAAGUGGCCGAUGCCCGUCGCCAGUGACACCGGGACAACAGCUGCGGGCUCUGUGCGAGCGGCCCAGCAGCGCGGAGCCUCAGCGGAGUGAGCGAGCGCGGGGCAGUAGCGGCCUGCGAUUGUGAGAUGGGGACUGAGAACAAGGAGGUGAUUCCCAAGGAAGAAAUUUCUGAAGAAUCUGAGCCACAUGGGUCAUUAUUAGAAAAAUUUCCAAAAGUGGUUUACCAAGAUCAUGAGUUUGGAGCAGGAUGUGAAGAAGACAUGUUGGAGGGACAUUCGAGAGAGUCCAUGGAAGAGGUUAUAGAGCAGAUGUCUCCUCAGGAGAGAGACUUUCCAUCAGGGUUGAUGAUCUUUAAGAAAUCACCCUCAAGUGAGAAAGACCGGGAGAAUAAUGAGAGUGAGAGAGGCUGCAGUCCCAGCCCAAAUCUGGUUACACAUCAGGGAGAUACAACAGAGGGAGUUAGUGCAUUUGCUACCUCUGGCCAAAACUUCCUAGAGAUUUUAGAAUCUAACAAAACACAGAGAAGUUCUGUGGGAGAAAAGCCUCAUACAUGUAAAGAAUGUGGGAAAGCCUUUAAUCAGAACUCACAUCUCAUCCAGCAUAUGAGAGUUCAUAGUGGAGAAAAACCCUUUGAAUGUAAAGAAUGUGGAAAGACAUUUGGAACUAAUUCAAGCCUUCGACGGCACCUGAGAAUUCAUGCUGGAGAAAAACCCUUUGCUUGUAAUGAAUGUGGAAAGGCCUUCAUUCAGAGUUCACACCUUAUUCACCAUCAUAGAAUUCAUACUGGAGAGAGACCCUAUAAAUGUGAAGAAUGUGGUAAAGCCUUCAGUCAAAAUUCAGCCCUUAUUCUACACCAGAGAAUCCAUACUGGAGAGAAACCGUAUGAAUGUAAUGAAUGUGGGAAGACCUUUAGGGUUAGUUCACAGCUUAUUCAGCAUCAGAGAAUUCAUACUGAAGAAAGAUACCAUGAAUGCAAUGAGUGUGGCAAAGCCUUCAAGCAUAGCUCAGGCCUUAUUAGACACCAGAAAAUUCAUACUGGAGAAAAACCAUAUCUGUGUAAUGAAUGUGGGAAGGGCUUCGGGCAGAGUUCUGAGCUUAUCCGGCAUCAGAGAAUUCAUACAGGGGACAAACCCUAUGAAUGUAAUGAAUGUGGGAAAACUUUUGGCCAGAACUCAGAGAUUAUUAGACAUAUUAGAAUUCAUACUGGUGAGAAGCCCUAUGUAUGUAAGGAAUGUGGGAAGGCCUUCAGGGGGAACUCAGAACUUCUUAGACACGAGAGAAUUCACACUGGAGAGAAACCCUAUGAAUGCUUUGAGUGUGGAAAGGCUUUCAGGCGGACCUCUCACCUUAUUGUCCACCAGAGAAUUCAUACUGGAGAGAAACCCCAUCAAUGUAAUGAGUGUGCAAGAACCUUUUGGGAUAAUUCUGAGCUGCUUCUCCACCAGAAAAUUCAUAUUGGAGAGAAACCUUAUGAAUGUAGCGAGUGUGAGAAAACAUUUAGCCAGCAUUCCCAACUUAUCAUACAUCAGAGAAUUCACACUGGAGAGAAGCCUUAUGAGUGCCAAGAAUGUCAGAAGACUUUUAGUCGGAGCUCUCACCUCCUCCGACAUCAAAGUGUUCACUGUAUGGAGUAAUCUGCAAAAUAGGAAAGCUUUUAGUGGAAAAGCUAAAGUCCAACUUAUUCAUUUGUUCAUAAUAUGCAAAUAUGCGCACCAAAUAUUCAAAUCCAAUGAAUGGACAGAACCUCCUCUGUCCUCCCACUGAUUUUAAAUAGUUGGUUGAAGAAGAUGAGGCACUUUUUUUUUUUUUUUUUAAGCAUUGGGGUCUUCCUCUGUUGCCCAGGAUGGGAUGCAGUGGCACAGUCGUAACUCACUGCUUCCUUGAACUCCUGGGCUCAAACAGUCCUCCUGCCUCAGCCUUCCAAGUAGCUAGGACUGCAGGCACUAAUGAGGCACUUUUAUGAAUUAUUCAUUGAGAGGUUUCAGUGUGCUAAGUUAAAUCAUAAAAGCUAUUUCAGGCCUUAAUUUCCCCUCUGUCCUUCUUCCUUCCCCUUCUCCUCCCCCAGUGGAUCACAUAACAAACAUUAAGGGUCUGUACCAGCCAUCUUUCCUAAAUUACUCUUCAGCAAAAUUGUGGGAACAGGAUUCCACCACCUCCUAAGAAUGAGAGUCGACUCACUGACUGUUACCCCCGAAAUAUUAGAAAGUCAUAACUUAGAAGACACACCUCAUUCUCCUGUCCACUGUUUAGCAUUGGAAUAAUUUAGUAAGCUGUUAUUAGCUUCAAAGUCGUCCAGCCCUGCUAUGAAGUUACUUUAGAAGAUGGCAGCAUUAAUGAAGAAGCAGGCUCAUUUCACAUCUGUCAGCCUUCCUUAUUCAUCUGAAGAGGCUGCCAUGAUGGAGGAACUGACAGGCAAUUUACAACGGGAUUAUAAGUGAAGGCCUUAGAAUCCAGAGGGGCUGAUUAGGCAACACCAGGGGAUAAACAAUUGAGGUCACACUGCUCGGCAUGGGCAGAAGCAGCUCUUCAGGAGCUGUCCACACUUCAGGGGUGCUCAGACUGACUGCUCCUAAGAAUUCUGCUGCAUAUAUUUUUAGCCCCAUCUCCUGCCACUGCUGACAGAUAUUGUGACAGUAAGUAGCAGAGAGGACUGUGGCUUCACCUCCUCUGGGCACCUGGCUACAGUGAUGAGCCAGUUCACCUGAUGACAAACCUGGCCUUGCCAAAGCACUUAAGUUCUCAUGACCUGGACCCCACUGGAGGCCCUGGCUAAGUCAGGAUGUCGUAGCCUCUUCUUGGUUUUGCCCCUUGGCCUUGAAAUUCUUUUUUCUUGAAUAACUUUUAAAAAAUGGAGAUAAAGUAUUGCUAUGUUGCCCAGGCUGGUCUUGAAUGCCUGGGCUCCAGCAAUCUUUUUGCCUCAGCUUCCCAAAUUAUUGAGAUUACAGGUGUGAGCUACCAUGCCCGGCCUUGAAAUUCUUUCUUCGCUGUGUCUGCAUGUUUUUUGUGUUCUAUAUUUAUUUCUUCUUUAAGGAAACAGCCUACAUUUUUCAUGUGUCCAUGUUUCUGAGGCAGUGGGUGACAGUGGGAAUUGCACUAAUGGGGGUCCAGCAGGCCUGGGGUCUGGUCUUAGCGCUAGACCUUGAAUAAGGCACUUCACCUGCUGGUCUCCAAUUUUCUCCUCUGUAAAAUGAAAGAGUUGAACUAAGUGAUCUCAAAAGUUUCAACCAGCCCAAUAAUUCCUUAAUUCUUUAAAAAUUUAACUUUAUAUAUCUUUAUUAUUCUUUAACCUCAUCUUUGUUACACUAAUAUUAGUCACUAAUAUUUAUUGAGUGUUUACUACCUGACAGGCACAGUGCCAGUUUACAUUUUAAUUUUCACAUCAUUUCUAUGAUGUGGGUACUCAUUUUUUUAAAGCUUUAUGAAGGUAUAAUUUACGUACUAUAAAAUUCACCUGUUUUAAGUGUUCAGUUGAAUGAUUUUUAAUUUACAUAGUGGUGCAACCAUCAAUGAUGUGGGUAUUCUUACCCCAAUUUAAAAGAUAAGAAGGGGCAGUGUUAAGUAAUUGACCCAUGAUUCCACAGCUAGUAAGAGCGACAGCCAAGACUCCAAACCUGGUUGAUGCUCUUAACCACUGUGCUGUGCCGCAGGUAGGCAGAUUCAUUACUGCCUUAUCUGAAACCCUUUGCACAGUUUCUAUUACUGAUUUCUAUGUAGAUUUGAAUAUAACAAAUUUAAAUCAUGUCCUUGGUAACAGAACUGAUCACAGCCAAAAAUAAUUCACCAAAUGGGUUUAUUCUGUACUCCAAUAUAGGUGUCUUCCCAGGUUUAUAUCCUUGGCUUGAGAAAAGGGUUGUACAAAUAGAUGAUUGCAGAGUUUCCACAUCCUUCCAGAUACCUCUGCCUCUAACAGUCACACUCUUAGUAAGGGAAGUUGUUUGAUUUACUUCUUCCCUUAGGUUGAUUACAAGUGAAGUGCGCCGUCUUAUUCCUUUUUCAUUGCUGGAGCACAAAUUGAAUUGUGCCCAGACCAUAUCUUUCUCACAUGAAACCUGGAUCUCACCUAUCCCUUCCAUGCCUGAUUCCCGUGUUUGCAUAUUUUAUUUCCACAUUUACCUCUUGUCAGCCCUGAUAGAGAAUUUGGCACCCCUUCAAGCUUCUCCUAAACAAUCUAUGCACACAAACACCCCUGAGCAAUAUGGACUUCACUGAAGAUAGUGUGUAAGCAAAGGAGAAGAGUUCACAUUGUGCAUCCUAUUAGACAUUUUGUUCUCAGAAGUACCUUACUGGCCAAACCAAUGAAGGUUUUUCUCUUGUCCUCCCCUCUCAAGGCUCAGUCACCUCAACUUCUUUUUGCCUACUAGAUAUCCAAUCCAUCACCUCGCCUCCCCUGGCCCUAGCUCAAUUACCCUCUUAAACCCAUUCCUGCUCAGCAAAACGUCCUCUAGUUCACCAUUCAUUCAUUUGAACAUUAGGAGGCAAUUUAGUGACCUGUUGUACCUGACCAUGUUCUUAAGGGGGAGGUCUCACGUCUCAUUCCCAGGAAAAUCUACCAUAUAUAGAUACAUAUUCCCCGCCCCGCCCCAGAUUUCUGGUGAAUGAAAUCACCUGUAUCUUAUUAGGUACAUAUACGCAAAUCCUUAACCUCAAUUCUCUGUCCUCUUCAUGUCUUACCCAGAUAUCUCAGGAAGAUUUCUCUUUUCCUUCUGUUUGCCUCCCUCUUCGACUUACUUGGGAGUCAGCAUCUGACCACAGUCGUGACUGGUAAUGAUGAUUUGUGCAAAUACUAUCAAGGAAAGGACAUGAAUUGUCUUAAUUUUAGACCCAUUAAAAAACCGCACAGGCCUCAAUCUUAAAAGUCCUAUCUAAAUACCCAGAAAUACCCUUCAGAAUUUUUGAAGCUAUGCCCAUGUACAAAAUUUUCUUCCUUCCCUAAUUUUAAUGGUAUACUAACACCUUAGGUAAAUAAAAUAUUUCUUUACUAUUUUAUUGA